AUGCAUGUUAAAUCGAUUAAGAUGAGGUGGGAGACCGGUGGUGUUAACUACUGUUACUUACUGUCAGACAGUAAGAAUAUAAAAUCGUGGUUGAUUGACCCGGCUGAGCCUCCUGAAGUUCUACCUGAAUUGACUGAAAAUCAAAAGAAAAGCAUCGAAGCAAUUGUUAACACACAUCACCAUUACGAUCAUGCAGAUGGUAACGUUGAAAUUUUAAAGUAUCUGAAAGACAAAAGUCCAGGUUCAGAGGUAAUAGUUAUAGGUGGAUCAAAUGACUGCCCGAAGGUGACAAAAAUUCCCAAGAAUCUGGAAAAGUUGUAUUUAAAUGACUUGGAGAUUACCUGCAUUAGGACGCCAUGCCAUACUAGAGACUCAAUUUGUUAUUACGUGAAAGACCCUGAAACAGAUGAACGCUGUAUCUUCACUGGGGAUACACUUUUUACCGCUGGUUGUGGUAGAUUUUUUGAAGGUACAGGUGAAGAAAUGGAUGCAGCUUUGAAUAAAACUAUCUUAGAAACUGUAGGCAAGGAGAACUGGGAUAAAACCAAAGUUUACCCAGGGCAUGAGUACACUAAUAGUAAUGUAAAGUUUGUUCGUAGGAUUUACCCGCAAGCUGGGGAAAACAAAGCAUUGGAUAGGUUAGAGCAAUUCUGCUCUGAAAAUGAGGUCACUACGGGGCAAUUCACCCUGAAGGAUGAGGUAGAAUUCAAUCCAUUUAUGAGAUUAGAUGAUCCAACAGUCCAAAAAGCUGUCGGAGAUACCAACAAUUCAUGGAACAGAGCCAAAAUAAUGGAUGAGUUGAGGAAGAUGAAGAAUCGUAUGUAG